AACUGUAAAAUUGUACAAGAAAGUGCAUCAAAAACAGACGUAAUUAGUUUAAUGGAUGCCCGGUUUUAUCUCAGAAACUUAAAUAGACGACCGCCAUGUGAACUAUCUCUUGCACCUGGUUUGUCCAAAUUGCGUUUUCCAAACUGUCCGCAAAUCUUUUUGCCUAAAGAUGUGAAAAAGGGAGAGCUUAAUUUUUGGGAGCAAUGAUGAUUGGUGUUGUGUUGAUGAUGACACAAAAAGUUUGAUACACAGAACAAAGACUUGCAUUUUUAAUCAAAAUCAGGGACAGCAAAGUUAAGAACAAUGAAGAUUAAAUGCAACAUGUUAAGCUUUUCAACCGUACACCUGCCAUAUUGUUAUUGACAUUGCUUAAUAUAAUUUUCCUUUUGCCUGGAAUGGACUGGCUGAAUCGUGGCUUGGCCAGCUUCGAGCAAAAUGAAAUGUAUGGCGAUUUUGGAGAACUUAAAGAAGAAGAAGUUGAAGAAUUGAGGUCGGAAAGGACUAUAAAAAGUGGUCUCAAGUCCGAAGAAGAAAUUCAACGCUUAACUGUGGAUGAAAAUCUAUCGGACGUUGAACGAGCAGUUUUUCUACUUAGUUCUGGUAUUGAAGCACAAAAACUGAGUGUAAUCAAUAACUUGCCUUUGCUAUUUGAAAACCAUGCAAAUGAUGCCGUCAAGGAAGUCAUGCCACUUGUUAGGGAAUUAUUAUAUGCUGCCUCAGUUGAGAUCCAACUGGUUGCUAGCAAAUCCUAUUACCAGAUUAUUGAGAGGGGAUUGUUGCCAAUAUAUGCUUUUAUAUCAGCAUUUUUACCUACAAUAUUGAACAAUAUGGAGAACAAAGAUCCAACAAUUUCUCAUGGUUGGUUGAAUGCCUUGCUCUGUACAAUAACAAAGCUUCCCAAGGAUGCCAUAAAACGAGAGAUUUUGCCAAUUGCCUUUACAAAAGGGCAGCUAUCUCAAUCUGUUACAUCACGGUUAUCAUGCUGUAAAAUUCUUGGUGUGGUGGUUGCAAAAUUUGACCCAUUGUGGAUUAAGAAAGAAUUGAUGGGUCUCAUUACUUCUUUAUGCCAAGAUGUUGACUAUGAAGUUCGAGCUUGCAUGAGUCACGAAUUGCAAAAAAUUGGAAAAGAUUUAGGCGGGGACUUCACAAAAUCUUGGAUCAUGCCUGAGUUAGUUGAAUUAACAAACGACGAAGAAAGUAUUGUAAGACUUGCUGCUAUUGAAACAAUUGCUGAACUAUUGCACUUUCUCAACGAUGAGAACAGUGGUAAAACGAUUGUUCCCUUGGUACAAAACUUUUGCGAGUUAGCGCUGAAAAGGAAGAAAGAUGAUACGCUAAUUGUUGUGUCAAAAUUGUUUGGAAAAUUGUGCUAUGGCUUAAAUGGAAAUUUUACGGAUACCCAAAAGAAAUGGUGCGUCGAGUAUUUUCAAAAGCUUUGCUCGUCCGGAUUGAAAGAGAACAAGAAUAAGAUUAAUCAUUUUCAGAGACUCAACGCGUACAAUGAAAGUUUAGAGGAAAGCCGUUGCGCUGAAAUUCGAAAAAAUUGUGCUUUCAAUUUUCCGGCAAUGGUAGCUUUUUGUGGAGCCGAGGAUUUUACUAAGGAUCUUGCCUCCUGUUUCCAUGCUCUUGUCACAGACCGCAAUUUCAUUGUACGGAGAAGCGUUUCUUGUGGAUUUCACGAGGUGAUAAAACUUUUAGGAAGUAAAGCUCAAUGUUUGCAAUCAGAACUUCAUAUCUUACUUAUGGAUGAAACUGUUCCAGUUCUCGAAGGACUAAUACUUAAUCUUAACGUUACUCUAUCUAUUUUGUCGAAUGGUGGUCGUUCUAAUCAACAUGAAUCUAAGCUGAACAACCUAUCAGAGCUCAUACCACCUGUCAUAGCAUGCGAACAUACUGUAUCACAGUGCAUGAACUGGAGAAUACAUGAACAACUUCUACGGAAAUUCUCGGCUUUCAUUGAUUCUUUUACCUCGGAUCAAAUCUACUAUAAAUUUACCCCCGUUUUGUUUGACGUUCUCCAUAGAAGCCAUGUCCUUCCUGUCACUCAUGCUGCAGCAUAUACAUUGUGUAUAUUCUUAAGGAAUAAUGCAAGAGCGGAACAGAGGGAUGAAAUGUGUUGCCGCUUCAUUGAAGAAUGCGGAAAGGGAAAAAGUUACAGAGAUAGAUUACUUUUCAUGAAAAUUUGUACAUAUAUUUUGGAAUUAUUUUCAAGAAAAUUUUUUAAGGAACAUUUCUUUGCAUUCUUUCUGGAAUUGGUAAUGGAUCCUGUGAUAAACAUUAGAUUACAUUUCUGUCACUUACUGCCUAAACUGAAAUCAGUUUUGAAACUACCCAUGGAUCGAAGCUUGUUGCAACGCUUGGAGUUGUGUGUUCGACAGUUACUUAAUGAUGAAAAGGAUCCUGAUGUUUGUGCUGCUGUUAGAGAGGCUGCUCUUAGACUUGACAAAAUUGAAAUUGUUAUGGAAACGUCUACACAUCGGUCUAUGUUUGAAGAAGAUUUAGUGGAUCAGAAGAAGGAAGAGGAGGAAGCCUUGAUGGAGGCAAAAGAACGCAAUGGUAUAUCUUUUGCUCGCCAAGGUUCAGACAAAAAGAAAAAAACUUCAUUGAAAGAAGAGAAAGUGAUAAAGAAAGGAGGAGCGGCGAACAUCAAGAAAUAUUGCCGACAAGAUGCAAAGAAAUCGUCAAAUAAAGAAUGUAAAACAGUCGUCAACAAGGCUGGUGCAGCUCUCCCAGAUCUAGCAUCAUGCAGCUAUCUUUACGAGACGAAUCCAACGAUAACCUCAUCUAAAAAAUCGACGAGCGGGGGUAGUCUAGGGAUGAGCAAAAGCUCCCAUAGCAUGAUGACGCAGAAGGCUUCUACAGCAAGUAAAAAAAAUUCUAGCAUUCCUAUGGGAAGCAGGCCUGGUGUAAAAGCAGCAAAAGUCGUCAACAAAAGGUAGCAAUAGAGAAACGCACUUGACCCAAAUGUUGUUUUUACUUUCACGGUUGAAGUGCUGAAUUGUUUCCAUCAUCUUCGUGUCAUUGUCAAUAAUGCCAUCACGUCGAAGGAAAGGAGAUUGUUUGCCCGAACCGCCUCUAGAUAAAACCAUAUUGUGCACAAUGAGUUAUUUGAUGUCGUGUACUUCUUGGUGUGUGUGAAUCUUACUCGGUACCCUUGACGCAGAAAGCUGGUGUUUGUCCAGGGGAUAUUGUAAAUCUAACUUACUAGUUCAGAGGAUAUUGUGAAAGAGUUAUAUUUUAUAGAUUUAUUCACUAGAGUAUAUUUGAGCAUCGAUAUUGUCAAAUCAUUUAGUAAAUACUGAGCAACAUUGAAAAAA